GCGAGGGCGGCGGGGGCGCUGGCGGCCGCGGCGCUGCGGGCCUGGCGCUCGGGGCAGGCAGCGAGGGCGUGGAUCCGAAGCAGAGCUUCGCAGCGCCAGCGCUCGUGGCUGGCGAGCGCGCUGUGCCAGUGGAUGACGUGGUCGCGCCGACGGAGAAGGCAGCUGCAGGACGGGUGCGAGCGCUGCCUUUCCGCCUGGGUGACGCGCGUGCAGCGUGCUGCUCGGCACCAGCACAGGCUGUCUCGACGGCUGCUGGCCCGCCGGGCUUGGCGCGGUUGGCGGGCCGCUGCCGCGCGCCUGUGCGGGGCACGGGCGUUCUUGAUCCGGUCGCGCCCUUUACUGUUGCAACCGUUGGCCUUCGGCGCGCUGUGGCGGUGGCAGCAGCAUGCGGCAGCGAAGAGGGCCAUCCUUGCCUUGUCGGAGGCUCUGCGCAAGCUGCGCGGGGCGCGUGGGCUGUGGACUGCCUUGGAGAGGUUGGCUGCGCACAGAAGUGAGAAGG